GCGCGGCGCCAGGAGCUGACCGUGGUGCUGAGCUCGGCGCGCGGCUUGGCUCGGGCGCGGCUCCCGGCCUUGCCAAGGCCGCGUAUUGCGACACUCCCGGCCACCAGGGCAGCCUGGGGCCCUGGCAGCAUGGAGCUGAAGAGAGGAAAGACCUUCAUCAAAUCCAGCCUGCAGAUUUCCCAUGAGAAAGCCCCAGAUCCAGCAGCCGCCACUCUGGCCAGGGAGGAUGCAAGUCCCUUGUCAGUCUCACCAGGAGGGCAACAGAAACCCCAGAGUGAAAGGGCCCCGCAGGUUAGUCCCAGCGCCCAAGGAUAUGACAGAUGCUCCAACAAGGAAGCAGAGCCAGAACCUGAGGUGGGGGCUGCAGCCUUUUGUGGGGCCACCUUCAAACUGGUACGAAAGAGCAAGACUCAUGACAGUGUGCCUGGGGCUGGCAGGGCGAGCACAACCACAGGGCAGCUGGUGGGCAGUGCAAGCUUCCCAGGGCCCCCCAGCAGCCAGCGCAUGAUUGAUUACCGCCACUUUGUGCCCCAGAUGCCCUUUGUGCCCGCUGUGGCCAAGAGCAUCCCAAGGAAGAGGAUCUCCCUGAAACGACCUAAGAAGUGCUUUCGGAACCUAUUCCACAUUCGCAGAAACAAGACUGAGAACUUGGCCUCACUGGUGACCAAGGGGGAGAGCCUGUCUUCCCCUGGGGGCCCAUCAGAGGCUAGUGGGCAGACAGGCAAAGCCUUCUUCCCCUUAGGUGAGGGACUGGGGCCCGACAGCCUGUUCCAGGACCUAUCUGACAAUGAGCUCCUGCCUGACUCUUCUGUUGACCUCUGCAGGGCCCUAUGUGAGGAUGUGGCCUCACUCAAGAGUUUUGACUCUCUCACGGGCUGUGGGGAGAUCUUUGCAGAUGAAAGUUCAGUGCCAUCCCUGGAACUGAAUGAGGGCCCAGAGAGCCCAACCCAGGUAUCACAGGCCCUUGAAAGCAAGGUUCUUAGGGGCCCUUUCCAGGGCAGUGUGGAACAGCCGGCAUCACCUGCCCAAAACGAGUUGUCUGACUUUGCCAAGUUCUGGGACAGUGUGAAUCACUCUGUGAAGCAGCAGCACCGUGCCCUACUGGGGCCAUGGCUGGGGGGUCCCCAGGGCACAGACACAGACCGGCCCAGGCUGGAUGCAGCUGGGCUUGCUGAGCUACCCCUGUGUCCCUGUAGGGACCCCCACAGUGGCUCCAAAGCCAGCUCCAUAGACACAGGUACCCCUAAGAGUGAGCAGCCAGAAUCCGUGUCCACGAGUGAUGAGGGCUACUAUGACUCAUUUUCACCUGGCCUUGAGGAGGACAAGAAGGAGGCUUCAAGUCCAGGCACACCAGCAGCCUUCCCCCGGGACAGCUACAGUGGAGAUGCCCUCUACGAGCUCUUCUAUGACCCCAGCGAGGGCCCUGUUGGCCCAAGCCUGGAUGAUGACCUAUGUGUGUCUGAGAGUCUGUCAGGGCCAGCCCUAGGAGCACCACUGUCCAUGUGCAGCUUCCAUGUGGGGGCAGAGGAGAACUUGGCCCCAGCACCAGGCCCAGACCUGCUCAGCCAGGGCUUUUUGCAAAGCUCCUGGAAGGGCAAGGAGUGCCUGCUAAAACUCUGUGACACCGAGCUUGCCAUCACCAUGGGCAUUAUCAACUGGCUUCGCCGUGGCCCUGAACUCCGCACCCCACCUGCCUCAGCCCCUGGAGAAACUGCAACCUCACCCAGGGGACAGGCAGAGAAGGUGGGAGCUGGCUCCGAGAAAAAGGGCCCACAUCCAGUGAAGCUGGAGGGCAGGGGGGCUAGGGCUUCAGAUGCAGGUAGGACCGCUGUGGGCUCAGCACCCAGCAGGCGGGAGCUGUGGGCACAUUCGGGUCCCAAGGGCCUGCUUGCUGGAGAAAGCAAGGUCCUAGGAGGGCCCGAGCAGGGAACCAGCACUCUGUCCAGGGACCCAUCUCUGGAGUGUGUGCAGGUCUCUGGAGAAGGAAAGAUGCAAGGCUGCCAUGAAGGCUUGUUCUCCUCUGUGGGGUCUGCAGCCUCUGCAACAAAAGACACCUCUAGCAAAAAUAAGGUCCCAAACCCUUGGCCUGGCUUCCAGGAGCCCAGGCCUCCUGGGAAUCUGGAGUGUUUCCAAGGUCCCUGGAGGCCAGGUCCUGGCGGAAGCACCCUCAAUGUAGAGCCCACCCUGACAGGCUGUGUGGCCCAGGUUGCAGCCCUGCACAUCCACCCAGACUGCCAGCCCCCUACGACACAGUCCCCAAGGCAGGACACAAGCAGUGAGUUCUGUAGGCACCCUCAGGCCAGAGGCUCUGAUAUUCUCCAGCAGAAACAGACUAACAGCUUCCCUAGCAUGCCGAUUGUGUGUGGCCUGCCCUCCCUGGCUAGUCCACUCCACAGCCCACAGGACCAGAGGUGCCCAGGCCACGUCCUGGGCCUUAGCCAGCUCAGGGUGGAGCCCACCAGGAUGGAUGCCCAGGCUCAUCAUGCCUCUAUGGAUGACCAGCCCCUGCAGCUCAGUUCAAGGGCUGUGGAGCAGGUGAUACAUAGGGGCCAGCUAGAUUUGUAGCCCCUCUUGGCCCUACUAUCCAGCUGAGCCCCUGGGGCCAACUGCCAGGAAUCCUAGACAUCACCUCCAACAGCCAGUACAAGUGAGCCCCCUCUGCAAGUGCCCCAGAAAGUUGCUACAGUUUCCUGGCCCAUGAAGGCCUCCUCUGCAACCAACCGGAAAUAGGAGCCCCCAGACCAGCAUGGCUGAGCCUCACCUAUAGCAUGGGGCCUCACUCACCAGAAACUGUGUCUUUGUGGCCACAUUCAAGAGAACCUAACACCCAAAUCUCCACCCUUUGUCCCUGAUGUAAGGAUUGUUGGUGGGUGGGGGUAGCAGGACACAGGCAAGUGGAGCAAAGCAUUUUAAUGUGGAACAGCCAUGCCUGAACCAGCUCAGCCAGACCAGGUACUGGGCAGCCCAAGGCCAAGGACAGCUGCACAGCUGCUGUUGCUCUCAAAGUGUGCCUCACUGAUUUCCCCACAAAGAAAUGAAGACUUGAAUCCCAGUUGGCUGUGAAGUGGCCACACCUGGCUUCUCAUACAGCAUGUUAGAGAGAGGAGCUCAGGCUUGAAACUGAUGGGAAGAUAACAGUACAUCUUAUAAAUGGGAAGUAGAGGGAGCCAAGAAGUCUGCAUAGGGCUUGAGAAAAAUAAAUGUGUAGUCUAAGGCUUAUGGGUGGGAGGCAGAGUGGGAGACAGGCAGGAUGGGGUGCUGUGGAUGAGCUCAGGAAUGUCCACUGGCCCCACACCAGCCUGCUCUCUACCCCCAGGACAAGUAGCCACAAUGUACUGGGGCCCUGAAGGACUUCUUGUGGGAAUGAGAAGCAGGACCAGCCUCAUCUCAUUAAGGCCUUUAAUCAGCAGACAACAACCCUGCUAGGGCUAGACCCUGCAGACCUUAGUCAAUGGGUGUUAGUGAAUUCUCUAUUACAAAUCAGACCAGUAAUUUUCCCCAGCUCCUCUAAAUGAAGCCAAGGAUGUUCUCAGGGCAGAAGCUGAUUGAUUGUCCACAACUCUGCCAUUCUCGCCCCUCCACAUGGUCAGCAUCUUUGCCUCCCCCUUCAGGAAAACUUACCUUGGAAUGGAGCUAUAACUCUCAUCUUCCUGAAAGCCACAACAACAUGCACAGUACCAAAUAUUCAGAAUCGUGGAGGGGAAAGGUGGCCCGCAGCCUCAGGAAGGGCAAGAGUCAGGACGUCAGGCACAGUGACAGACCAUGCCUCGAGUUUCUCUAUGAUUAGAUCCUACCUCACCCGACAUGCUGCAGUGAGAUGCGAAGGAUGGUAUGCCACAGACAUGAAACUGUUUCUAGAGGAAAGGUCAUCGUAGAAAGGGGUAGGUCAGAUGGUGGGGGAGAAAUUCCAGCCAGAGGGAUGCUGUCUGACAGCUGACCACAGGCUGGUGCCUCUCCUGAUUGAGGCUUCAUUUCAGACUAGAAAAGGCUCUGUAGCCCUUGUUAACAACUGUUUACUUGGGCCUACUGUGUGCUCCUAUAGGCUCCUGACCAGGCCCAUUCCUGGAACACUGAGGGAAGGUCAGGGCCAGUCUUCCUGGAAAACCACACGUGAUUCCCCCUCCCAGGACUUCCACAAAUGAUUAGCAUUAUAGAGCUGUGCCAGGAGCAGGUUAUACAUGGAAUAGUUUACCUCAUCCCUGUAUCAGCCUGAAUGCAGUUGUCUUCAUUUUUCAUUUUUCAGAUACGGAGACCAAGGCACAAAGUGCUGAUAUGACUUGCCCAUGAACACACGCAGCUAGUAUGUGGGGUCGAUGAGGUUUGAAUCCCAUCCAUUGGCUCCUAAGGCCCAGCUCUUCACGAGGCUAUAGAAGUUCUCUUGCUGAGCUCCUGCAGUGAACUCUUUCAAAGCCUUCACUACUCCCUUCUUCCAGGGCACCCUCUGGGUACCAGCUGCCUGUCUCCCUGUAAGCAACCUGAGUGCCUGAGGGCAGGGGCAUCCCUCAUUUAAUCAUGGUCCUUAUCACUUUGUACGGCACCUGAGCAGAGCAAGGGCUCAGUACAUAUUUACUUGUUGAAAGAAUGAAAUAUCAAAAGGUUCCUCAUGGUUUUCUGAUAUCUUAUUGAAUGUGAGCCUGUGUCUGAAGAGUGGCAGAGUUGUUUUUACCUUGCAGGAGUUCUGAGGGAGUGUUUCCUUGAUGUGACAUGGUGACUGGUGGGGAGAAUCCAGCCAGUCCCAAGAGUGCUGAUAAAGGUAGAAACCAAGGAGGUCCAGGACCCAGAGGUUAUGGUGAAGGUAGUCUGCAGUGACCUAGCAACAGAGCAGCAGAGAAAAGGAACUGAGGUCAUGCCUGCCUGAGAGGAACCACCAGCGCAGUGGCUCUCACUAUGGGAAGCAUCUUAAGCAAUCCUGACACCCUAGAAAUUUUCAUUCUCUGCAAUGUGGUGGGAGAUUACAGCAGUGGCCUACCAGGUACCUUGCUGAGAGAACAGAGGAGGGCCUUCCCUUUCUCUUGUGUCCAGUGGGUCUGAGGAAGCCUCAGACCAUCUCUUUCUACAUCCCACCUCUUGGGAUGCCCUCCCCUGCAAGAGGGGUACAGGCAGUGCCAGUCUGAUGGGGCAUGUUCUUCAGGUGACCCACUGAGAGGAAAGAAUGGAACUGCUGGGCCAGCUCCUGGGAUAAGUGCCUAGCCCGGUGCUGGGAGUAGCAGAGGCCUGUGGGGUAUUUUCAGAAUUCUGGUCAUUUCUAACCCUCUCAUUUAUACAUGGCUAUAGAAAUUAUAGGAGGUUGUUUCUCCCAUAUAAAGUAAAACUCCAGCUCAUAGAUGUCUCACAGAGUCUAAGUGACUCCCCAGGGUCACACAGUGACAAGCAGAGGACUGGGGUACACCCUAAGGCCUGUGCACUGUGCCUUUCAAUCUUCCAGCCUUCCAAGGUUGCACUGGAUACUGAGAGGUGCUGGGAGGGGGCCAGGCAACCUCCCAGCCUGCCCUAAUGGUGGGGGUGGCCUGAGCCUAUAGUAGGGUGGCCUGGGGUGCACCAGGAAGGCUGGACAGAGAUCAGGAGGGAGGCGCUGAAAAGGGGUAAAGGCCAGCACAUGCUGAGGAAGACCCAGUGAACUACAUUGGGGGGGGGGAACAUCUUACCUUUCCUGGUUUCUUAUUUUAUUUUAUUUUACUUUUUAUGGAAUUGGGAUAAAUACAGGAUACAAAACUCAAAAGACACAGAAAACAAUAAAAAGUGAGUCUCCUUCCUUCUUUUAUCCUUCUGUUGUUUUGAUUACAAAACUAAUUCCCAUUUACUACAACCAAUCCAAACUAUGUGAAGUGCUGAGCCUCCAUUUCCCUGACCUUCUCAAACACUAGAUGUGUCUUCAGACCCUUUUUGCGUCUGUGACAUAAACAAACACGAACUUUAAUCCUUUUUACUGCACAGCGCAUCACAGACAUCUUUUUUAUUUAAAAUCAAUUAACAUAUAGUGUAUCAUUAG